CUAGAGCAGCUGUGGUAUAAACUUCACACUGGAUGGUGGUCUAAUACAUUAAUGUUAUUCUGACAAUGGAACUAACCGAAAAUGUAAUCUCAAUACUGCUACAUUUUAAAGAAAUAAUACUUUUCUGGUUCCUCCUAAUCAUUUGUAGUCUCUUAUUUUGUAGGAGCUGUUAUGACGUCACAAAUAUACUCUGACCCCAGAAACGCUGAAGAGUCUCUAACUUUACAUCGUUUAUUUCAAAUGAAAGUCCGCCGUUUUCUCCUGUAUAGUGUUUGUUGAAGUCCAGCCGAACCAGCAGAACCUCUGUAUCCGGAUGAAACCAUCUGACUGGACUUUGUUCUGUUCACUUUCUGUGUCUGUUUUACUCCUGAUGUGUCUCUUAUUAGCUCAGUGAUGCUAAUGUUAGCUUAGCUCGCUAACUGCUAACAGACCUUUCAGUGUGUGAUGGAGAUAAACUGUUUCUAAAGGAGUUUCUGUGAAGAAUACGUGAAAAAUGUGUCCAAAAGUCCAGAUUCUGAGAUCACUGGUGGAACAGAGACUAACUGCAGCUGCUGAAGAGAUAUUUGGGCUGUUUGAAAGAACCAUAGCAGAGUACGAGGAGGAACUUUGUCGAACUAAAGAAGAAAACCAGAGACAAAGACAAAUACUGGACUGUGUUUGGAAUCCGAGAGUCCUGUUACACAGAGCAGACAUCCAGCAGCUGUCAGUGGUGAAAGAUGAGGUUCCUCCUGAGCAGCAGGAGUGGAAUCCCAUUGUGGACCAGGAGGAACCAGAACCAGAGCCCCCACACAUUAAAGAGGAACAGGAGGAACUGUGGACCAGCCAAGAAAUGAAUAUCACCAAGUUCCCAUCCACUCUUUUCCCUGUGAAGAGUGAAGAUGAUGAUGGGGAGAAAGUUAAGUCCUCACAGCUUCAGCAAACACAAACUGAGGAGAACAAAGAGGAAGCAAAUAAAGUGGACUGUGGGGAAUCAGAACCAGCCUGCAGCUUCUAUCCACAUAGACAUUUACAAACAAAAACCGAUAAGCAGAAUGAAGACUCUGAGGAAACCAAGGACAGCGAUGAAGACCAGACCCUGAACCACAAACCUGAGUCAAAGCUUCCGACAAACAGCUCAACUGAACAGAUGGAAACAGAAACUGAUGGAGACUACGGUGGAGGAUCAGAGCCAGACAUGAACCUGGUCCACAUGGAGAGUGUAAAGGGAAGAACCUUUGACAGUAACAGUUUACCUGAGGAACGUAUGGACACUCACACAGGACAGAAACUGGUUGGUUCUUCUGAAUGUGAAGCAACAUUUUCUCAGAAGAAAAACACGACACAGGAAACCAACUCACCCAGAGACAUGAUGAACAAUACUGACAUGAGUCCAAGUGAUGGGGGAUGUGAAAAGAAACCAUACCACUGCUCUGUGUGCGCAAAAACAUUCUGCUGGAAGUCACAUUUAGAAAUCCACAUGACAUCCCACACGGGAGAAAAGCGAUUCAAAUGUUCACUGUGUCACAAAUGUUUUAGACGCAGGAGUACCCUCAGGAGACACAUGAACGCCCACACAGGAGAAAAACUAUUCCAUUGUCCAGUUUGUCAAAAAGGAUUUACCUGUAAUUCACAUUUAACUGGUCACAUGAUCAUCCAUACUGGUGAGAAACCAUUUAGCUGUUCAGAAUGUGGUAAAAGAUUUAAUUGGAAGAUGGUUUUGGAGCGUCACAUGAUCAUCCACACUGGUGAGAAACCAUUUAGUUGUUCAGAAUGUGGUAAGCGAUUUACUCGAAAGACGGGUUUGGAGCGUCAUAUGAUGCUCCACACUGGUGAGAAACCAUUUAGUUGUUCAGAAUGUGGUAAGCGAUUUCGUCAGAAGACGUGUUUGACGCGUCACAUGAUGAUCCACGCAGGAGAGGGACCUUUCACCUGUGGAGUUUGUCAGAAACGCUUCACAUGUAAACAGCAUGUUCUGAUUCAUAUGAAGAUCCACACAAAUGAAUAGACAGAAUCUGAGAGUCACAGAAACAGGCCUAUAGAGACAAAAGAACCUGAAGAACAAUGAUAGUGGAACAUUUCAGAGUGUAAUCUGCAUGAGUAAUUUCAACUGUUUUUUUUUUUUUUUAUAUUAAUUUCUCUUCAUUAUUUUCUCUUUGGUGCCACUUUUUUCAAAUUAAUAAAAUAAAAUACAUCCUUCAUCUUUUCCUUGUAAUUAGAAGUAAAGAAUAAUUUAUUUAUUUUUUAUCAGCGAGAUCAGCAGUUGAAGAGUCAGACUAACAACACCCAAAUUAUCACAUCAGCUGAGAACUAGAGGUGAAAAAGGUUAAAGCAACACAAUAAAAUGUUUUCUGAUAGUUUCCACCAUAUCUCUCCAAAACUUAGAUUAAAAUCACAUUAUACAUGUUUGAAAUUAAUCUUUGACUGUAAUAAACAUAAUUGUUGAAAUUAACAUGUAAGUUAAAGUAUGUGAAAAAUAAAUACAUAAUUUAUAAAUCAAUGUAACUGAACAUUAGACUCAAUGUAAUGAAUCAGUAAAUGUGGAACUGGACACAGGACAACAAAACAGAGCUUUUCUUCUGCUACAGAAGGAACAACUUCAUAUCUUGAUUAAAUCAGGCUGAAUCAAAAACGUGAAAUCAGAAUUUUGCCAAAUCACAGGAAUUUUUUUAGAGGUAUUCUACAGACCAUCUGUUCAUCUGUUUGUAUCAGACAUGAUAAAGAACAGAGCAGAAGAUUUUGCACCACAUGUACAAAUGAAUCGCAGUCUUUGUUAAUUAUUCUGUUGGGUUUCUGUAAAUUGGCUUAGAGUCUGGUUUUGAACCAACUCUGUAUGUAAA